AUGUUUGAAGGAACUGAACCAAAGGUCAAGGCCAUAUACUUCCUGUGUUUGCUAUUGCUGAUAUUGGCAAUCAUCUCAGUGUUCUCUAUAUUCCUCAUUGGAAUUGUUAUAUGCAUUGGUACGAUCAUUGUGGCCGUCACAGGAUUCCUCGGAGCCAAGACAAAGAACAGCACUCUGCUGUGGUUCUUUAUCAUGGGUCUGUUGGUGAUGAUGGCACUCUCAGGUGUAUCACUCCUCUGGGAGCUGAUCAAGGCACAUAAAUUCACACUAUGGAUGAUCAAGGACUUUGCCCUCAUCGCAUGUUAUAUCGUUGGCAUCAUCAUAUCAUAUUUGCUUCGAGGAGGCUCGUUCGCUUAUCACGCCACAGUCACCAAAAACGAAGACUUCCAGAGACUUUAG